GCCGGCACGCGGCAGUGUGCGGCCGGCGGCAGUGCGCGAUGAACCUGCUGUGCUACGAGACGCAGUGCGAGUGUCGCGCGCACCCUGACGCUGCGCUGAUGGGGGAUGAUCGCGUGCUCCAGAACCUGUUGAGUCGCGAGGAGCGCUACAGCCCGUCGCCGUCCUACUUCAGCUGCGUGCAGACCGAGGUGACGCCGGACAUGCGCCGCGUCGUGGCAGAGUGGCUGCUCGAGAUCGCGGAGGAGCAGCAGUGCCAGGAAGGCGUGGUCAGCCUCGCCAUGAACUACAUGGACCGCUUCCUGACGGCGUGCACCGUGAAGAGGAGCCACCUGCAGCUGCUGGGCGCCGUGUGCCUGCUGAUCGCCUCCAAGCUGCGCGAGCCCUGCCCGCUGGCCGCCGACCUCGUCGUCUACUACGGCGACAGCAGCUUCUCGCUGCACGACCUGCAGAUGUGGGAGCUGCUGGUGCUCGUGAAGCUGAAGUGGGACAUCGCGGCUGUGACUCCACAAGACUUCCUGCACUACAUCCUGAGGAAGCUGCCCGUGGACGCGUCCUGGGACCUACACAUGAUCAUCCGGCACGCGCAGACUUUCGUCGCCAUCUCUGCCAGAGACCACUCGUUCCUGGUGUACCUGCCGAGCAUGAUCGCGGCGGCGAGUCUGGCGGCGGCGUUGGCAGGCCUGGACUGGCCGUCCAAGACGGGCUGCAGCCUUGGCCAGCUGCUGAAUCGCCUGCACGCCAUCACCGGCAUCGAGAAGGACUACCUGGAGAGCUGCCUGCGGCAGAUGGAGGAGAUGGUGUCCUCCACCGUGGGCGCUCCAGCCGCCCCCGAGAGCUCCGGCCCCAGCGCAGCGAGGCCCGACAAGCUGGCGGAGCACGGCAAGGCUGGCACGCCCACCGACAUACGCGAUGUGCACUUCUGAGGUCGGCCCGCGGGCCCGGCAGCGCUCCUCCACUGACCCAGUGCUGGUGCACAUGGGUUCUCUCUCUCUCCAGCCGGUAACCCAGUCAGCAAUUUCAUAUCUUCUCCGUACAUCUGUUGGUGCUGAUUAUUUAUAUUUUUAAUAUCAACAAAAACAUGUUAUAAUGAUGAUAAAAACUGUGUUAACUGGAAUAUCUGCAGGCUCCUGAUAUUGUAAUAUUUAUCUGUUUUAUUAUAAAUACAGUAGACUCCCGAUUAUCCGGGUGAAGGUUACCCGGUUUGCGGUUUAACCAUACCACAUUUUACUUUACAAACCAUUAAAAACCAAAAAAUAAUAAUUUUUGACUUUAUUUCUGUACGCGCACAAUGGCGACAGCACUUAUGUAGCAUUAAGUACAAUGCGAUGAAUUAGUAAUGCAAUGAAUUAAUAAUGUGAUGAAUCAACAAACAAUAUUUUGCUCUUUCCUCAAUAGCUAUUCGCUUCCUUCAUUGCAUAAUUAAUUAUUUUCAACGCCGCCCAAGUGUUCAGCAAAGUGCUAGUGGCAAAUCAUGGCAUACACACAUUUAUUAAACGACAGAGUUGGGAAUUACGUAAACAUGUUAAAUAAUCUUUUUAGUAAGUUUAUGAUUUUUAAAUUCUUAUUAAAACUGAACUAUAUCUCCUUGAUCAAGAACAUUAUUAUUUUGUAACUAAAAAAUGUUGGUAGCACCUACAUAGGGGGAAAAAUGUUAUGUCUAAGCCCUAUUAUGUAAACAAUGUGGUACUUGAAUUAUUAAAUUUUAUUUUAGGUUGUUGAAUCUCUAAAUGUUAUUCAACAUUUAUUUAAAUGUACUUCAAAUGUAUUUAGAUAGAUACAAGUACUAUAAAUUAAUUUCAAUGGGAGUAGUGUCUUUAUUAAAGUGGCAGUCAGCAAGCACCCUUACCUGUUUGGAAAACAAAUUAUUUUGAUUAAAAUAAUAAUGGAAAAAAAUGUAUUUGACUAGCACUUGUUUUACUGGAACAAAUUAGGGUGUUGCUUUGAGGGGCACGUGUUACAGUGUUUCUCUAGAUAGUUGGGAUAAAAAAAAAUUUUAAUCAGUUUUUUGACAUAGUUUAACCAUGUUUUUCACUUAUCCAUGGACCCUUGCCAGUAUUACCUCGGAUAAUCGGGAGUCUUCUGUAGUAACAACAGUGCAGUUUAUGUACUAUCUAAUUAUUUGGAAGUGUGCAGUUUCUAUACAUUUAAAAAAAAAAUGUAUCUACAUGAGAAACAUAGAUAAAAAAAAAUGCAGAAGCAGAAUACCGCAACUCUUGUGAGUUAACAUUAUAAAGACAUUAACAGUACUGUCACUCACUGCCUUUCCUGAGUACAUAAUGUUGACCCUAUGUUUUUGCCCGUGCGACUAAAAGAUGUACAAACCUAAUACUUUAAUGUUCUUUAUUUAGAUUACCAAAUAUUUCUUCAUUACUGCAUGUUGGCAUUCAUGAGUAUUUUCAUCAUUAUGUUAUAUUUUCAUGAGCAUGAACGUGUGAAUAGCAACCAACAAUAACAUUUUUUAACUCAUAAAUAUAAAUUAUAUUAUAAAUGUUCCAUGCACAAAUAACCCUAACAGUAAUUAAUAAUAAUACUAAUAAUAUUAGUUAUCAUCUUUUGCACUCUGCCUGACAAAUCCAGUACCCACAGGAUGUUUUACAGUAAUCCUGCAUCUGAAACUGGGUUAUUAAUGUGUUGGAAUGAUUUUAUAAAAGGAGCUUUGUAUUUUUGUGCACACUGAUAUUAUUAAAUUGAUUUGACUAAGAGUUCAUGUUCUUGUUCAGUAUUGCAGUAUCGAAACAAUUGGUGUGUAAAAAUUAUCAUCGAUGAGUUUUAUACAAUUGUGAAAAGAUUUUGACACAAUUCCUGUUUGAUGUACUAUAAAUAUAUAAAACGGGACUGUACUUUGUACUCAUUUGUUGGAAUCAACAAGGUUAUGCACCAUAUAUGCAUUUUACUGGUAAACCAUGUGAUAGGUACGUUCAAAAAAAAGGCAAAACCUUCAAGUUUUUAGUUUUCUUGUUUUCAGGUUUAAGUCUACAAACAAUAUUAUAUGAAACUGGGUAGUGUUGGAUUAUGUUUUUUUGUUCAUAUUGUUACUUUCUUAUUGGAAAAUUUUUUGCUAAUGAUUUUCCAUACAAGUUUUUAUUGAACUGUAGACACUCAGAAAAAGCAGUUGUUUAGAUAAUAUACAUUAUGGGUGUCACAACAGACUUAACUAUUUAGUGACGACAUUAACAAAAUGUGCAUGCAGUCCUCUCAUCAUGCUUUAAGCUAAAAGUUAUUAAGAUUUUAGACUUAUCCCUAGACAAGUCUUCUUUCCACUGUGCCAGGAAUAAUUACUUGUAGAUGAAUAAAUUUUCCAAUGUUUUCCAACUCUUUAUUUUGAAAUUUUAAUGUGUUCAAAGGAAUAUAGCAUGGAAAAAAAAAUUGGAUUUUAUAUUUUUAAGUCAUUUGCAUGUCAUGAACCAUUUCACAGUGACAUCACAAGUGAUGUUUACUUUACUGCAGCAGUUGUUGGAUGACAAGCAAACAGAAAUGUGGAAGGAAUAGUCAAAAAUAAUUCAGAAUUGGUUGGUUUGGUGUCUGGAAAGAAAUGUGAAUGAACUAAAACACUAUCUGUUAACGAUUAGAUUAACAGACUAAAUUUUAGUAUACAAGUAUAUGGUCUGAUCAGAUUUGCCAGGUGAGAGGUGAAUUGUAGUCCAGGAGAGAGCUCUUCUCAACCUUCAGAGCUUUGGCUUCCUUGCUUGGAUCCUGAAAGUAAUUACUGUUGAUUUACAAACUUGCUGCAGUUCUUAGUACCUCCAUUCACACACUGUUUGUCAUCCAGCUUGCCUUGUUUACAACAGCAAUCAUGGGUAAGGUGAAGUAACAUCACUUUCUGUGAACAAAUCUCCCAUCUGCAUAAACUGUGUCCAGUGAGUGAUUGGUGGAGUCAACAAUGCUUUGCAAUCUAUGGAAAAAUCUAUGUUGCUUAGCUCGAAUACUUGAGGAAACCGACUUAGAAGGCAGGGAAGUGCAGUGCUAGGCAUGAACAAAUGUAUUGGCUGAUAUUGUUCUAGAUGCCAUUCAAGACACUUAUUUACUGCCAUGUCAAACCAUAGCUGUAUUUUGUGGGCACAAUUCCCGAGCAACAAGAACACACAUAGUGAAAGUGUGUGUAUCAGACAACAGUGGGUGACAGUCAUGUUGGAUUGCCAUCACUGCAUUGGAUUAUGACCUUGGGUCGCCUCCAAGCUAGAUGCAACGUUAUUACAGUGCUCCAAGUUCUGGGCUCAUACUCAGCCAGCCUGUGAAAUGCCUUCCCCACUAGAGCAGUACAGUUCCACAAUUCAGCCAACAGAUGCUCAUGUGCAAAGCUACGGUUGAUGUCCUCACAUCUUGUCACAUGCACGUCAGCCGUAAAUAAAAAAAAACUGGCACAGCUUUAACUUAUCUGACUACCAAUUUUUCUCAAAACCAUUUGGAAAUACCUAGUCCAUUUUUAAAAAUGAUUUCCACUUUGAUUUGCCCAUAGAUCACUUUACUUUGUUAGUAUCCACCAAAUUACUGUACAUGUUGCCUGUACGACAUUCAAGAAAGAAGUAUAAUUAUAGCUCAUUUCAGUUUUCACGCACCUUUCAGGGAAUAAUGAUUCACAAACGAGGACUGCAGGCAGUAUUUGACACGUUGGUCACUAUGAGACUUGACUGACAGAAUUAGCACGUUGUUGCACCAGCAUGGAGCUAUUGCUGUUCGGUGGGCGGAGACUUCAACUGGCUUGUUUCGCAAUGGUGUGGCGUUGGAGACGUUUCAGUGUUUGUUGGCUUAUCAAUGCAAAGAAUGCCUUACAAGGAAGGGGAAGGCAGUAAUAUACGCUUGAAUGUAAAAGCAGUUUUAAAUAAAUGAUAUAUUUAGGUAGAAACAUAAUACAAAAUAUAAAACAGCUUUAGUCAUUAUCACUGAAUAUCUCCGAAGUUUGUACAUAUGCAUACUUAUUAUGAAUAUAUGAUACAUGUUUAGAGUAAGAUGUUUAGUUUAUGUUAAUCUUUAUUUUAUUGAUGCAAAGUGUUCCUAGAGGUAUUGAUUGUGUGUUCAAAUGAAAAAAAUGGAAAACUACAAAGUGUAUUGUAAGAACUGUUGUUAAGUUAUUGUGGCACAGCACAGUUGAAAACAAUUGUGGUACUUUACAAUAUUUCUUGGAGUAAGCAUUUGUGCUCAUGUGCUUGUGUAUGUGCCUGAAUGUACAUUUAUGUGUGACAUGUAUAAAGUUUUUUUUUGUAACAUAUUUGUAUAUUUGUUAACUAUAAUUAUAUGUUUUAAGACUGUUGAACUCCUAAUACUAGAGACUCAUGUCCUGUGAAGCUAUCUUACAUGAGUACAUACUUGGUAAACUCGACUGUAUAGUCAGAUCCGUACUUAAUGUCUCAACUGAGAAAGUUGUUCCAUUAUCUAUAGUUUCAAUACAUAACGACUGAAUGUGUUCACUGAAAACCUUUUAUUGCCAACUUCAUUUAUUAAAUUACCUCAGUCUUUAGUAUCAGUGAACUGUGUAAAUAUAUUUGGUUAAUACUGCACUGAUGCAUGCUUAGUACAGAAAGUUUAUUCCUAGGGGUUCAGAGUUAUGGACUUGAUUGGUAUAUUUUGGUAUACAAUGUACGUAUGCUUUAAACCAGUACAUACUGACACCAUUGUUCGAAUCUGAGUGACAUGCUCCAGCCACUUGCAAUUGCAGGAUUCCUGCCUCCUAGCUCUACUUCCAACCAGACAGUUUGUCUCUUGCCAUGCACUGGGAAGUAUUUGGCUUUUUUAUCGGUAAAUGCAAACAACCCAGUAAAAUGGUAUCAUCUUGGCAAUUAAAGUUAUUUCUAGGAAUAAUGAUUUGUAUUGAAUCUUGGUUUUCUUGCCAACAGAUGUUUAUGAAAUAUUUGCGAAUGGUAUAUUUUGUUUUGGUUAUGCUACUGUUAUACAACGUAGAACAACUUACUAAUUGAUAGUGCCAAAUUAAAGGUAUAGACUGUUAAUUCACUAUUAAAUCUUUGCUAGAGUUUCUUACUAAUUGCUUUUGCAAGUGGUUCACUGAUCAGUAGUGAUUUUCAAACAUCUAAUCUGCACAUAUUCAACUUAACUAAGCAAUAAUUUUUCUCUCACACUUAGCUGAAAACUUUAACUUGUUAGUUGCAUAAAAAUAAAAAAAAAUAUAUAUAUUGUUAACUAUUGUAGCUGCAUUUCAAGUUACAUUGUCAUUUUAUAGCAAUUUUUUUAUUUUAUUCUGUAACAUGUUUUACUGUUGAUGCACAAGCAUCUUGUGUACAUUAUAGUACAUUGUGUUUAUACCAGUAUGUGCCUAUAUUUUAUCAGAUAGUGGUAUUGGUAGAUAAUAUAUAGUUUAAUGUAAUUAUUGUGUUUUGUAUUGGGACCGAGCUGAAACUUCAUGCAUGACCAUCUGUUACAUGCAUGAUUGCAAUCAUAGAAACAUAUCACAGAUAUACCUGCCAACCGUGUCAUAGUCAUUGCUAGAAAAAUAAUGUAUACAUACAUUCCUUUACCCAACCAAAUAUGUUAUAUGCAAAAUUCAUGCACUUUUGCUGCAAUCCUCAUGUGAUGCCAUAUAGUUAUAAAAAUUCAAGAAAUUUAUGUCAUAUCUGAAGCUGCGUGAUAAAGAAUUAAAAAUGGUGAUGUGUUUGUAAUCUAUAGUUGUGUUAUAUAAACAAUAUGAGAAUAAAGAAUGUAAGUUUUGUA